AUGAGAGGACGAGGCGGGACGGCGGGAACGCCCUCUCACGCCGCGUCGGCCCGGCGACGUCCUUCGCGCCGUCCCCCUGACGCUUUUCCGGCGACGCAGCGGCAUCGCGAGAAUGGACAGAACUUUUGCAUUCUGGAUGAACAGAGGUUUGCUAAAGAAUUGCUUCCUAAGUACUUCAAACACAACAAUUUAUCUAGCUUCAUACGACAACUCAACAUCUAUGGCUUCAGAAAAGUGAUUGCACUUGAAAAUGGCAUGAUAACCUCUGACAAGAAUCCUGCCAUUGAGUUUCAGCACCCGUUUUUCAAGCGAGGGAAGGCUGAUUUGCUGGCAAACAUCAAAAGGAAGGUAUCUACGGUAAGACCAGAAGAUCUCAAAGUCUGCCCAGACGACUUGCACAAAGUGUUGUCUGAAGUCCAGGAGAUGAGGGAGCAGCAGAACAAUAUGGACAUCAAGCUGGAAAGUAUGAAAAGGGAAAACAAAGCCCUCUGGAAAGAGGUGGCCUCUCUGCGCCAGAAGCACAACCAGCAGCAGCAGCUUUUAUCAAAGAUCCUCGAGUUUAUUCUGGGUUUGAUGAGGGGAAACUGCAUUUUGGGGCUUAAAAGAAAAAGGUCUUUGGCUGAUCCUUCAGAUACUUCGCCUACAAAAUACAGCCGCCAAUAUGUGCGCAUUCCUUUGAAAGACUGUGAAACCACAGCUAUUUCGGAGCAUGGUCCAGUCUGCCAAGACUCUAUUAUCAUUCGUGACAUCACAGAUGCUCAAGAGGAAGAGGAGGAAGCGGAAGAUGGUGCCCCAGAGAAACUUUUGGCGCUGGUACACUCCGAUCAUGAAAGUUGGAAGGCCCCUGUGCCCUCAAGAGAAGGAAUUCCUGCUUGUGGAACACGAGAGGCUUCCGAGCCAGAACUGCCCCAGAGUGACCAUUCGGUUCAGCUUCUGGAUGACUCCCUCCAGUCCAGUGCUGUGGAGUUGCAUGCUCCACAGGUCAGUCCUAAUGAAGACGCUGCAGCGGUGAUCGAUUCCAUCAUGAAUGAAAACCAAACAACGCCAUCGAGUGACUCUUUCCUUGACAGAGAAGAGAUCCAAGAUUUCUUGAAUUGUAUUGAUGCGAGUCUUGAGGAACUUCAGGCAAUGCUGUCUGGGAAAAAAAUCAACCAUGCUUCGGAAACACUGACUGAUACCUUCAGUCCUGAGCUUCCUGUAUUGGAUUCAAGCAUGCCAGAAGUUCCUCUCAGACUGGAAAAUACAGAAGAUUUACCAGCAAAUUUAGAUACAGUUGGAAUGAAUGAUGAGGAAACCUCAGGGAAGAAUGACAUGCAGCUGAUUCAGUAUCGGGGGAACCCUUUGCUUUCACUGUUUGAAGAACCUCCUUCCAGUGAGGAAGUUGGCAGCCUGGGGAAUGCCAGAGGUGAUCUGCUGGGCUCAGUGGAGAGCAACGAAGCACUGCAGCAAGUCGCCGAUCCAGAAGGCCCGACAGAUGGACCCGCUCCGCUGGAGCCCCUCGAUCAGCCCCUUCUCUCAGAAGACAUGAACGGCGAAUAUAAACUCUUUCCUCUUCUGCUUCUCAGCCCAGUUGCGAAUUUCAUAGAAGAGGCCUCAGAAAUAGAAACUACUUGAAUCACUGGCUGGUAUUUUCACAAAGCAGCAUCUUUUCUGUAGAAAAAAGAUUCAAGAAGUACCGCUGAGAAGUUCUACUUCUCUUACUUUCUGUGGCUGAAUUCCCUCCGCAAACAAGGGAAGCUAUUUUUACCCAAAGAAUGUAGUGUUAGGAAGGCAGCUGCAAGGCUGGAGCUCCGAAUUGCACUGAUUUUUGUUUUUAAAAGCAAAGAACAACAAAUUUCAAAUCUGCUUUCGAACUGUUUUAUAUAUAGAUGCUAUGCUAUUAAUAAGACAAAUGUUUAUAUCUUGAUGUAAGGUUUGCAUAUUCAUAUGAGGGGUUUUAGUCCCAUGAUAGUCAAUACUAUCAUAUUACAUUUAUUUUUCCCCCCCUGAAAUGUUGUGUUGGAGAUAGCUUGUAUGUUGUUAGAAUUAUGUUAGAGGCUUUUUGUAACUGUAACUUUUUUUUCUUCCAAACUUUUGCCUCAGUUCUCACUAUUCAGCCAUGUCACCUUUUGUGUACUAUUUACCCUUAAGAUUUCCCUCUAAAUAUUAAUGUAAGUAACUUCUGUUUCCUAUGGAAAA